ACACGCAUUUAUAUUUUUGAUAAAUCAUCAGAUAGACCGUGUGCAGCGAGCUUGUCUAAUCAUAUUUAUAAUACUACCUGCUUUUUGGUCUUCUUCCUCACAAUUCUACAUUGGUAAAUUGAUAAUCAGCUUCUCAAAUUCUAUUUUACUGUUUAAGUUCAUUGCUGUUGGAUAUGGCAUCAGAAGAUAACCCAGAGUUAGUUGAAAGGGUUUAUAAAGCGAAAGAUUCUGAGAAAGAAGAAGAGGAAGAGAAAGGUGGAUUCAUAGAGAAAGUGAAAGAUUUCAUUCAUGAUGUUGGUGAGAAGAUAGAGGGUGUAAUUGGAUUUGGCAAGCCUACUGCUGAUGUUAGCGGAAUUCAUAUUCCUCACAUUAACCUUCAUAAGGCAGAGAUUGUUGUCGAUGUUCUUGUCAAAAAUCCCAAUCCCGUUCCAAUUCCUCUUAUCGACAUAAAUUACUGUAUUGACAGUGAUGGACGGAAGUUGGUAUCUGGACUGAUUCCUGAUGCUGGAACUAUUCAUGCUCAUGGCUCGGAGACUGUCAAGAUACCAGUCAAUCUGGUGUAUGAUGACAUCAAAGAGACUUACCAUGACAUUAAGCCUGGAAGCAUUAUCCCCUACAGGGUUAAGGUUGAUCUUAUCAUAGACGUUCCUGUUUUUGGUAGGAUCACUAUCCCCCUAGAGAAAACCGGAGAGAUCCCUAUACCCUACAAGCCCGACAUUGAUGUGGAGAAAAUUAAGUUUGAGAGGUUCUCUUUUGAAGAAACUGUUGCUACACUUCAUCUCAAAAUAGAGAAUAAGAAUGACUUUGACUUGGGUCUUAAGGAUUUGGACUAUGAGGUUUGGCUAGGUGAUGUGAGCAUCGGAGGUGCUGAUCUCGAAAAAUCUGGAACUUUGGCUAAAAAUGGUAUCAGCUAUUUAGAUCUUCCGAUCACAUUCAGGCCAAAGGACUUUGGAUCUGCACUCUGGGAUAUGAUCAGAGGAAGAGGGACUGGUUACAGUAUGAAAGGAAAUAUUGAUGUUGACACACCGUUUGGUGCCAUGAAACUUCCUAUCAGCAAGGAAGGAGGUACUACCCGCCUUAAGAAGAACAAAGAAGAUGGAGGCAGUGAUGACGAUGAGGAGUAAACCAGAGGUAUCCAGUAUCCUCAAAACGUAUGAAGACAUGAUUAACGACAAUAAAUACGAAACUGCGAGUUCGAGGAAGAUCUUGUGCGGUAAUCAUCUAUUUGUGUUGUUACUUAUGAUCGUUUUACCGGUGAGAUGUGUGUUGUUAUUGUACUUUUAUGGAGUUUAAACUAUUUAUAUUAUGGGAAUAAAUUGUUUUACAUCUAAAUUCCCUACCUUUUCCUUGUUUCCAUUGGGCAUCUAGCAAAUGUAGUUGAAUCUCUAGCAAACUCAAACAUAACUAUCAAUUUUCAUGCCUCAAACAACUCGAAAAUAAGCUCGGUCGAUUCUUGUUUAGAAAAUAUUGUCGAGCAUACUCGAGGCGUGUAUGUUGUUCUUUUGCAUUGAUGCAUUCAACAUGGAGAUAUCUCUGUUCUAUGUAAUCAACUGUCUAGUCUAAUUUCUCCAAGCUUCAAUGAGUUUAUAUUUUGCAUUUGAU